CCUUAGUAUUGAGAAGCCGAAGGAGCCGAAUCCGGACAAGCAAAUACGAAUUCUAGCAGAUACCACACUCUGACGAAAACCUCUCCGCAGGUGUAUUGUGAUUAGUUCUUUGUAUACGAUUAGAGUACUGUAUCAAAGAAGAAAAGAAGAAGUGAUGGCGUGGAGGCUGAGCAGCGGUGAUAUAGCCGGAUUCAGAAUACUGUUUAGUGUGGGGAUAUUGUACGGAUUGAUAUCGGUGCUGGUAUACUCCAUCAUUCACAUGAAGUUCAUCACACCACUUGGGAUGGAGGCUCCUCUUGAUCGCUUCUCUGAGGGCAGAGCUGUUGAGCAUGUUCGCGUCUUGUCUAAAGAUAUCGGCGGUCGCCAGGAAGGGCGUCAAGGUUUGAAACAAGCAGCUCAAUAUAUUAAGACACAGUUGGAAAUGAUGAAGGAGCGAGCUCGGCCUGGUAUUAGAAUAGAGAUAGAGGAGACCAUUGUUAAUGGCUCCUUCAACAUGGUCUUUUUAUGGCAUGGCAUUUCUCUGGCUUAUAGAAAUCAUAAAAAUAUCGUUAUGAGAAUCUCAUCAGUGGAUUCAGGAGAAACUGAUACUGCAGUUUUGGUCAAUGGCCAUUUCGAUACUGCACCUGGUUCUCCAGGAGCUGGUGAUUGUGGUUCAUGUGUUGCAUCGAUGCUCGAGCUAGCAAGACUCUCUAUAGAUUCUGGCUGGAUUCCACCUAGACCAGUUAUAUUUCUAUUUAAUGGAGCUGAAGAACUGUUUAUGCUGGGUUCGCACGGUUUCAUAACCACGCAUAGAUGGAACGAGACGGUUGGAGCAUUUAUAGAUAUUGAAGCUUCUGGGACCGGAGGCUUUGAUUUAGUUUGCCAAUCUGGACCUGGGUCCUGGCCUUCAUAUGUUUAUGCUCAAUCAGCACUAUAUCCUAUGGCGAAUAGUGCAGCUCAGGAUAUUUUUGGUAUUAUUCCUGGUGAUACAGACUACAGAAUGUUUGCCCAAGAUUUUGGCGAUAUUCCUGGACUGGAUAUUAUCUUCCUCCUUGGUGGUUAUUUUUAUCAUACCGCAUCUGAUACUGUUGAAAGACUAUUACCUGGAAGCAUUCAAGCACGUGGAGACAAUUUAUUAAGAAUAAUCAGAGCCUUCACAAACUCAUCUAACCUGCAAAAUGCACAUGAGAGGAGAUUAAGAUCUGCUGUCUAUACAUCUGACAAUGAACAUGCAGUUUUCUUUGAUUACUUGUCAUGGUUCUUGAUUUACUAUUCAAGAGAGCAAGCUAUGCUACUUCACAGUUUUCCUCUUGUCAUCUUUUUUCUUGCGCCACUUCUCUUACGCUUUCCGACUUGGGGACUGACUUGUUGUUUUGCAACCUUUAAUGAUUUUCUUAAAGGAAUGUUGUAUCAUACUUUUGCAAUUUUGCUAGGAAUUGUUUUUCCAGUUGCCUUUGCUGUCAUAAGACUGCUGUUUUCUGGUCAGUCGAUGAACUGCAAUAUCUGCAAGGUGUCUUCUCACCAGAAUGCAUUCAUCAAGCAAAGACAGAUAACCGAUGCAGCUCUAAUUGCUAAUGAGGUCUUGGAUUGGAGGAUUAAAAAUGGGGAACCUGGUGUGAUGUGUAAAUUGGACAUAGAGAAGGCAUUUGAUCAACUUAAUUGGUCCUACUUGCUUUCUAUUUUGAGGAAAAUGGGGUUUGGGGACAAAUGGUUGAAGUGGAUCAAGUAUUGCAUCUCUACCGUCAAGUACUCAGUCUUAGUGAACAAAGGUCCUGUGGGCUUCUUCUCUCCUCAAAAAGGUAUAAGGCAAGGGGAUCCACUCUGUCCUUUCUUGUUCAUACUAGCCAUGGAGGGUUUAAGUAAAAUAAUUGAAAAGGCCAGGCAAAUGCAGUGGAUUCAGGGAUUCAAUGUAGGUACAAACAUUGGGAACAUUAUUACUAUAUCACACUUAUUGUAUGCAGAUGAUACUCUGAUCUUCUGUGAGAAAUCAUGGGGUGCAGUAUUGGAACACUACCUAGUACCUACUUGGGCCUACCACUGGGAGCUAAAUUCAAAAGCUGUGAGAUUUGGAAUGGAGUUGUGGAAAAUUUCAGAAGAGGUGCUAAAAAAGCUGGACAAAUUAAGGAGAGACUUUUUAUGGGAGGGGAAUAGCAGUUCUCACAAAUUUCAUCUGGUAAAGUGGGACAAAGUCGUGCAGCCCGAGUGCAAUGGUGGGUUGGGGCUCAGAGAUCUUGUCAUGCAAAAUAAGUGUCUGCUAAUGAAGUGGUUAUGGAGGUAUGGUACAGAUGAUACAAGUCUUUGGAAGAAGGUGAUCAAAGCUAAACAUGGGGAAAAGGAUAAUUGGAGCACUAAAAUUGUCAAUGCCCCCUACGGAGUAGGACCUUGGAAGUAUAUUAGCAAGUUAGGGAAUGAAUUUUUCCAGAAUGUCCAUUUCAAGCCGGGCAAUGGAGCUCACAUCAAAUUCUGA